AUGCCUUCCGCUCAGGGUCAGAACUGGGAGAAGUAUCGUAAGAACUUCGAAGAUGAGGAGAAGCCCGAGGAGAAGAUUGUGCCGUUAUCGGAAGAUGACAUCCAAGUUUUAAAGACCUAUGGCGCGGCACCCUAUGCUACUGCUUUGAAGAAGCUAGAGAAGGAUAUCAAGGAGCUGCAGACGAAGGUUAAUGAGAAGAUUGGUGUUAAGGAAUCUGACACCGGUCUAGCUCCAAUACAUCUAUGGGACGUUGCUGCCGACCGUCAGCGCAUGUCAGAGGAACAGCCACUACAAGUUGCCAGAUGCACAAAGAUCAUUCAGAACCCCGAUGAUCCCGAUAAAGCGAAAUAUGUCAUCAACGUCAAACAGAUUGCGAAGUUUGUUGUAGAUUUGGGGGAGAGAGUCAGUCCUACGGAUAUCGAAGAGGGAAUGCGAGUUGGUGUCGAUCGAAAUAAGUACCAAAUUCUACUUCCGCUACCACCAAAGAUCGACCCCUCAGUCACGAUGAUGACAGUGGAGGAGAAGCCGGAUGUUACCUAUGGUGAUGUUGGUGGAUGCAAGGAGCAGAUUGAGAAGCUACGAGAAGUUGUCGAGACACCGUUGCUUUCACCAGAGCGAUUCGUCAACUUGGGUAUUGACCCUCCCAAGGGUGUUUUGCUCUAUGGUCCCCCCGGUACCGGCAAGACCCUUUGCGCUCGUGCUGUUGCAAACAGGACUGAUGCUACAUUCAUUCGUGUCAUUGGAUCUGAGCUUGUUCAGAAGUAUGUUGGAGAGGGAGCUCGUAUGGUCCGUGAGCUCUUUGAGAUGGCCAGGACGAAGAAGGCCUGCAUCAUCUUCUUUGACGAAGUUGAUGCUAUCGGUGGUGCCCGUUUCGAUGAUGGUGCUGGAGGUGAUAACGAGGUCCAAAGAACUAUGUUGGAGUUGAUUACACAGCUUGAUGGAUUCGACCCUCGAGGAAACAUCAAGGUCAUGUUCGCAACCAAUCGGCCCAGCACACUUGACCCCGCACUCAUGAGGCCAGGACGUAUCGAUCGAAAGAUCGAGUUCAGUUUGCCAGAUUUGGAGGGACGUGCCAACGUUUUGAAAAUUCACGCCAAGAGUAUGUCGGUAGAGAGAGAUAUCAGAUGGGAAUUGAUUUCGAGAUUAUGUCCUAACAGUACCGGUGCAGAGUUGCGAUCCGUUUGUACUGAAGCCGGCAUGUUUGCCAUUCGUGGAAGGAGAAAGGUUGCGACUGAGAAGGAUUUCUUGUCUGCGGUUGAGAAGGUUAUCAAGUCGAAUCUCAAGUUCAACUCGACAGCGACUUAUAUGCAGUACAACUAA